UUUUUUCCGAAGAACUAGAGUUUGAAAUUCUGAAAGAAGUGCCACUGGCCGCGCGAUCGCGAACUCCGACGCUUGAAACUCCAGUGAGAUCGUGAUGGCUUCCGUAAACGUGGCCGUGAUUAGGGUCUUCGUCAUGCUUGGCCAAUGUCUGCUUCUAGUAUUCGCUCAGUCUGCACCCAGUCAGAAGAACGGUAUUUGUGACGUGAAAGAUGGAAAACUUCUAUGCCUAAACGUGACGCAUCUUCCGAAGCAAUUGCCAAACGACAUUGAUUACAUCCACGUGGUGGACUCAAAUCUUGACCGUCUGAAGCAUGAAGACCUGAAUUCGACCUCAGUGGAAACUUUGAAGUUUGAGCGAAAUGUGAUCGGGGAGCUGAGAGAGGGAGCGUUCCGACUCCUCCCCAACCUCAAGUCCCUUCACAUGUCUGAUAACAGCAUCCACGCCAAUCUCACUUGGUGCCUGUUCUUUGGCCUCGACAACCUCACCAGCCUCGACUUGAAAGACAAUCGGUUCAACAUGGAAUCUUUUUCCAAGUUACUGACACUCAAGAAAACCGCAGCUCCCGUGCAAUACUCCAAAGAUUUCUGUAGGUGUGAAACGACUGCAGAUGAACGCAUUUCGUCCCCUUGUGAGGAACUGACAGUCCUUCCGAAACUGCAAUAUCUGAGACUGAGCUGUAAUCCAUUCAUCAUCCUGCCAAGUGACAUAUUUUUGCCUCUUCGACAAAGUCCGGUCGUAUCGCUUUCCCUAAGAACGUGUCAGCUGCUCUACAUCGAUAAAGACACAUGGGCUCCUCUGCAACACCUCCAAAAAGUAUACCUUAAGAACAAGAAGGACUCCAAGAUAGAUGAACUGGCCCGAAAUAUCGCCAAUAUGAACCCAAGGACCGACAUAUCUCUGGAUCUGUCCCUGAACUCCCUGCAGGGUGUACCGACGGCCGUCCUGGCCCCAUUGAACUCCACGCUGGUGGAGCUCAUCCUCACCGGCAACAACUUCCGCAUCAUUCGGAGGAGUUCCUUCCCUCGGCUGCAAGCCUUAGAAUAUCUGAACCUCGUGGCAUGUGGGAUCGGGAAGAUCGAAGAAGGCGCCUUCGCUGCACUCCCCAACCUCAAGUACCUCGACCUCUCGCAAAAUCGACUUAGAAAGUACGUAUCAAUGAAACUAUUUUGCCCUGGCACUUCAGGUCUGAAGGAGCUGAGAAAAAUGGAACUCAACAAGUGCCAUUUGAGAUCGAUCGAAGCUGGAGCCUUCUCCGCCCUGCAAUACCUGCAGCAUCUCGACCUGUCCGGCAAUCAACUAGAGAUAGACAACGACGAGGUUUUCUCGGGGCUCACCUCCAUGUCCUCCCUCCUCCUGCACGACAACCGGAUUAGCUUCAAAGGUGCUAAGUCGCCCUUCAAGACCCUGGGAAGCCUUCUGCGCCUGCAGUUGAAUAAGAACUUCAUCACCCACUUGACCAACGAUUUAUUUUUGGGGUUGGACAACUUGGAGACUUUGAUCCUGAGAGACAACAAUAUUCGAUAUUGGAAUUGGCCGGUUCUUGGAGCCACAAGGAAUCUGUAUUCCCUGAGAUUGAGCCGAAAUGAAUUGAUGGAAGUCACCGAGGCCAUGCUGACCGACUUUGCCAUUUUAAGGAAGUUGGAUAUCUCUGAAAACCCUUUCAAGUGUAACUGUGAGCUACAUAUUUUCCACAGGUGGGCCGUGAAGCACCAAGGAAUACUGCAGGGGUGGCGCAAGGAAGAGGCGUACAUGUGCUGGACUAAGAACAGGAGCCAGUAUUCCCUGCUGUUCGAAGAGAACGAGAUCUUCCGGGACUGCCCGCUAGGUCUGGAUGCGCGGGAGCAGAAACCGUUGUUCGAGAGACCCCAUGCGAUAUGCUUGGCCGUCGGCAUAUCCGUCCUUGUCGUCGUCGUCUUCAUCGUUGGGUGUUUCGCCUGUCGGAGGGGGCGGCGCAAGGUGCCUCGGGGCAAGGAUUACAGUGGUCUCAAGAAGGCGCUGGCAUGAUCUACGUCACAGAAGUCAUUCGAGACGGUCCAUUUGGUUCUUUCUAUUUUCCCUCUUUUGUUG